AAAAGAAAAAACACACGCAUUGCGUUUCUUCUUUUCCCCCAAAACGCACAUUUCAACGUUCCCAAGCCUCUUCUCUUUUUUCACUUCACCUUUUCUCUCCCCCUACCCACUCUGCUGAUUUGGGAUGAGAUCGAGAAAAUACAGUGCAGAGCAACAAACAGUGCCGCCGGCGAUGAGGACUCCGUGUGAGUGCGCCGGCGACGAUGACGGGAUUCACCAAAUGCGAAGGCGAGUUGCAUGUUCUCUAUGAACUCAACGAACAUGGGCUUUGGCUGCGUUUUUUCCCGUCAUUCAAUGAUAGUGGAACCAUGAAACCAACAUCAUCGCCUAGCAUGGAUCAAAGCUCAACUUUGGAUGCAUUAGUCAAUGACAAUAAGAUCCCAACUCCUAUACAUGCAGGAGCAUCUACUUCCAUCUCUGUUCAUCUUUCUGAUUCCUGUUGCACAGAUAAUGGAGCUUCCCCAGAAAAACACCUUACAGAAAAUACGCCGUCAAAACCUCAAACUGAAAAGGCUCAAAAUGGAAAGCGCAAAUACAACAAGAAGGAGUACAAUUUGCCUCGCCGUGGUUCAAAGCGUCUUGCCGGAAUUAAGGUUGAUAACUUAAGACAAGCAGAUUCAGGCGAGUUGCUAUUAAUCAAUCAUGUGAGAGUAAAAUGAUCACAAACAUGGAUGAACACCCUUGUUGCUUGCCUACUAAAAUAUUUGAUGCAGUUGAAGGUGGGCCAGAAAGUAAUAGCAAAUUUGACAAUACUUUUGAAGAGCAUAUGAGAGCCCUUGAAAAUGAAGUAAAGGUUUAUGGAAAGUUAGAUUAUUCUAUUGACUUUGCCAUUGAAGAACUACUAAAAGACCCAUGUAUUGCAUUUGCAUUACAAACUCUUACUGGAGUUACGAUUGAAACCUACUACAAAAACUCCCAAAUGUCUUCUUAAUUCUAGUUUUGUGUACAUUGUAGAAGUUGUUAUCGUGCCCCUUUUGGCUGGUCUUUAAGCAAGCUAUAAAACUUUAUCUUACUUCAAUCCAUUAAUUCUUGUAACUUAGUUGAGAUACACAUAUUUUUAUA